AUGGUGGCCUCCAAGGCCUUCUUGCCCCGAUGUGGAUAUGCAGAACACAUCUGGAACGCAGCUGGCAUGGUCCACGCCCCUCACGUUUUUCGUCAGAUUUAUGGUCUCGUUCUGCGAGGCACUCCAGGACUUUCUGGAGUUAUUAAGUGCAAAAAGGACCUUAACUCUGGAGAUGCUGGCAACUGUGCUGCAUGUGCCUCACCAAGGCCUUUGAACAGCAGCCAGAUCUUGCAGCUUUCAGCCAGCCAGCUCACCUGUGACCAACCCUCCCUUCAAUCCCCACUUAAAAUUGGGGAGAGUAGCAUGAAGGAAGAUCAGGAGCCAGAUGCUCUCUAUGUCAAGGGCCUUGAGCGUCCUCUUGGCCACCUGACCUUCAUUCUCUCUGACAGUCAUGGGAAUCGGGCACACGUGGCUUGUAAUGUAACACGUCCUGUUGAAGACACCUCCAUGGUGUGGGAGCCAGUGAGCAGAACUGAUGAAAUUGCUGUAAAUGUGACUCUACAGACAUUUCUGGAGUGUGAGAUUGAUAGAGAUGCUCUUCAGAACCUGUGGAGGUUGAUUGCCUACUACUAUGAGAGCCCAGCAAUUUUGGAACGGGGAACCAGACUUGGGAAUUCUUCAAAGGUGACUUUUCAGUACUCUCAAGCAACACACGAGGAAUCACCAUAUUAUACAGAGCUCAAAGGACAUUUAAUGGCUGAACCAGCCUGGCUUUUACAACCAAGGGUAACACUUCAGCUGAACAGGCGCAAAACAACAACUAAAAACUGGUGCUGAACUUCUCUACUUU